UAAAGCCUGCUCCGCUAACUCAUAGGAACGUUCCCUUUGGCUAGUUGACGAAAGUUCUGGAAAAGUAAAACACGCCCUUUGACACCCCCGCCCCGCCCAACUUUACCAGACAAAGCUAGAAGCAAAAGAAACAAUUGGAAAACCAGUCAAAGAUGAAUGUCCAUUCUCGCAUUGCCAUAAGUGACUCAUAUUUCCCUUGCUUCUUUCUCUAGCAUUCCACGAGACUGCCAUCUUUUACAUCUCUUUAAAUUUUUGACUGCGGGAAUGUACAGUACAUUGCUUUAGGUCAUUCGUGAUACCUUUUUCAUAUCAUGGUGGCGUUGCAGAAUAGAAGAGAUACGUCGGAAAACCUCGAGGAGAAAGGUGUGGAAACUGGUCCAUUGCAAGCCAACGAGGCAACGCAAACUGCACUUAUUGAUCGUGGAAAAGAUGCCUGGUUGUUCCUGGCUGCCUGCUUUUUCAUGGAGGCCCUGGUAUGGGGAUUUGCCUUCACAUAUGGAGUUUUCCAAGCCUACUAUAGCUCGCUUGACAUGUUCAAGGACUCCGGGAACAUUGCUGUAAUCGGGACCUGCGCCAUGGGAAUUAUGUACCUUGACUUGCCCAUUGUUUUCGCCGUAUACAGGCGGUGGCCCAAGUAUCAGCGGGCUGGCUGUGCCAUUGGUGUCUUGCUGAUGUGCUUUGCCAUGGCCAUGAGCUCCUUUGCCACGACCGUUACGCAUCUGAUUGUUACGCAGGGUGUCUUCUACGCGCUGGGUGGGAGCAUUGCGUAUUCCCCCUGCAUUCUUCUGAUGGAGGACUGGUUCGACAAACGCAAAGGCCUUGCAUUCGGUGUUAUGUGGGCAGGGACGGGACUAGGCGGCGUUAUCCUUCCGAUUGUGAUGGAAAGUUUGCUUGACCGUUUCGGUUUCCGGGUUGCCCUCCGAGCCUUCGCGGUUGCGCUCUUUGUGUUCACGGCCCCACUAGUCUACUUCGUCAAACCUCGUGUGCCGGUUUCCCAGCGUCCCAGAUCGCCUCCCACCAGCCUGCGUUUCGUGUUCAGCUGGACCUUUGCUCUGUUCGAGAUAUGCAAUAUCAUUGAGGCCCUGGGCUUCUUUCUGCCAUCUAUUUACCUCCCAAGCUACGCCCGCGCCAUAGGCGCUCGAACGAGCAUGGAUGCACUAGCAGUUAUUCUUUUGAAUGUCGCAUCUGUGAUAGGAUGCGUGGUGAUGGGGGCUAUUAUUGACAAGUGGGAUGUUACCACGUGCAUUUUACUUUCCACGAUCGGAUCAAGUCUGGGAGUAUUCCUCCUGUGGGGAUUUUCUGUAUCGCUGGCCCCCCUCCCCGUUUUCGCGGUGGUCUAUGGACUCUUCGCGGGAUCAUAUACAAGCACUUGGCCGGGAAUCAUGCGCGACAUUGUUGAGAAAAAGGCCUCAGCUGAUUCAACCAUGGUUUUAGCCUGGCUAUCCGCGGGCAGAGGCAUUGGUAAUAUUGUCUCGGGUCCUUUGAGUGAAGCACUUCUUAAGAACAUGCCUUGGAAAGGCCAAGCGGGCUAUGGUUACGGUAGUGGUUAUGGGACACUUAUUGUGUUCACGGGAGUAACCGGGGUAAUUGGGGGUGGCAGCUAUGUUGCACGUCGGUUACAGUGGAUGUGACUGAGCAAUGAUGCUUGAGGUUAACAAUGCUCUUUAAAGCGAUAAAAUAACCAAUUUUGAGCGGGAGAGGGUUGUGGUAGAACGAUCUUCAACGUGGAUUUUUCCACAAUUAAUGACUGUUAUGAACAGAGCCCUGGAAUGCAAAUGGUAGCAUUGUGUGCGAUAUAUGGACUGUAAAAGGAUGAGAUGAUGCGAAUGUAUAGAAUUUUUAUAUCAUUCUGAAUCUGAGAACCUGCGUUUUCUCAAAAUUAUACAAUACGAAUUCAUAGCAUGGAAGGUAUUUUGCAAUCUCUUGAAUAUUCCAAUGUGGUGUAAUUUUAUGUUUGGACAUGGAAGCAGUCCGCCCUCACAAAAGAAAAGGAAAUGGGACACGCUCGGCUCUAUAACUAAAGUAGCUCGUAUCCCCAAUAAACAUAACGAAUUUAUCCACCC